AUGGAAUGUGCUGACGUUGGUUUGGGCUGCGCCGAACCAUCUUUACCGUCCGGCAUCGCGAACGUUUGCCCAGAGGUUUCACCGCCACCGCCAUGUGCUGAGGUGCCAAUCGUCAGCGAACCGUCCUGCUGCCGCGCUGCUGAACCGUGCUCCGAAACACCGAUUCACGUCGAUCAGCUCUGUGCCAGCAAAAUGCCCCAAUGCAGCAACUGCAGCUGUGGAAUGUCUGGCUGUGUGCCCGUCAAGCGAGUGCGCUAUGUGCAACCACCUAAGCGGGACUCCUGUAAACCAGUCAGCAGCUACAAAAAGCCCGAGAUCGAGUUUGGUGGAGAUUCGGUCUACAAAACGUCCUACCACACCGACCCACAGAUCGUCGUGAAUGCGCGCCCGUUACCGAUAAAGCCACAGUCCCACCUGGCUCCCCAUCCUGGAAGCUUGGCAAAGGACACCAUUACUACGCUCUCGUACCCCGGUUACCAGCACGCCGAACGUGCCCAACCAAUUGUUCCUAUUGGGAACACAGUCAUCCAACCGGGACCCCUGCAAGAAGUGACCACCACCCGGCAUGACUAUGUGGCCAAAACGACACCGAAACGAUACAAAAUUGUCCCUUCUGGACACAUGCAUGUCCACAGUGCACCGUUCGAGAAGCAAACGGUUAACAAACUGUCGUACAGCUGCCCGAACAUGGCCGGAUAUCAACCGGCUCGGUCCUGCAAGCCUGUCCGCCAGUACGAACGGUCCGAGGUUCCUAUGGAAUCGGAAACGACCACCAAGCUAAGCUAUGGUCCCGUUUGCCCGCCCCCCAAGGAGGACACGCCGUGGGCGCGACGUGGCAGUUUUCAGCCACCUGUCGGCGCAAUGGGUUGCGAGACGACGUACAAAAAGAGUUUCAUGCCCAGUUGUGCAUCCGAGCGGGCCAAGCUAGUGCUGCCGUACAAUAACCUCGCUGUACCUGCCGGUUCGGGAUUCGAAUCGAGGACGGUCUACAAGGAGAGUUACCACAGCGCUUGCGGAGAGCGUCCACCAGCGAUACGGCCGGUGGCGCAUCUGCGGAUAGCGGACCAGAAGCUCGAAGACGACACGGUCUACAAGAUGUCUUUCGCCACCCACUGCCACCCGGAACGCCAAGCACCGAUACUGCCACGCCCAGCCUCGCUGAUGGGUGAAGGGCCGAUGCAGGAAAUGACCACGCAGCGGCACGAUUUUGUCAGCAAAGCACCAACCAAACGGGAACCCAUCGUACCGACAGGGUCGCUGGCUAUACCAACGGGACGAGUUGAAUCUGACACCGUUAAUCGGCUGUCCUAUCCGGCCACAAACAAGGAAAACAUCAUUCCCACGAAGUCCUGUAAACCUGUUCUUGUAUAUAAGCGCCCGGAAGAGCGCAUGGAGAGUGAUACGACCCAGAAGCUCAGCUAUAUGCCCGUCUGCCCGGCUCCGAAGGAACACUACCCGUGGGCGCAACGCAAACUCUACCAGCCGCCAAAUCAGCCGAUGGACUCCGACACGGUUCAAAAGCUCAGCUAUCCGGCACCAGGCCAGUUUAUCGAAGAACCGUGCCCUGGCAGCAUGGCCACCUGCUGCAUGGCUUGCAAACCUGCCGAUGUUAACUGCUGCUCAAACAAGGAAGGCGAUUGCAUCGCCCCAAGUUACCCGCGAGCCGCGAUCGUGAAGUAG